AUGAUCGCAGGUCAAUCUAAUGGAGGCAGUGUCUCAGUUGAGGAUGCCUCUUCCCAGGUUUAUAGUUCAGAUACAGGGAAAAUGAGAUUGACUCAUGGGUUCAAGCAGAUGGUAAAGGAAGGAGGAAUUUUUUCUCUUUGGCAAGGAAAUGGCACAAAUGUUUUAAAAAUUGCUCCAGAGACAUCACUUAAGAUCAAGGCCUAUGAGCAGUAUAAAAAAUGGCUUAGUUUUGACAGUGCUAGUAUAGGAGGAAUUCUUGAGAGAUUUAUAGCUGGUUCAUUGGCUGGUGCAACUGCCCAAACCUGUAUUUGCCCCAUGGAGGUAAUAAAGACCAGACUGAUAGGAGGUAAAACUGGACAGUAUUCUGGGAUUAUUGACUGCAGCAGGAAGUUUAUGAAGACAGAGGGUAUCUGAAAUCUUUUCAAAGCUUAUGUUCCCAACUUGCUGGGCGUUAUACCUUAUGUAGGCUUAGAUCUUGCUGUUUAUGAGCUUCUGAAGAAUUACUGGCUAGAACAUUAUGAAGGAAAGUCUGUGGACCCUGGGAUAAUAAUCCUGCUGGGCUGUAGCAUAGUGUCUCACAGUUGUGGCCAGCUAGCCAGUUUCCCCCUGAACCUUCUUAGAACUCACAUGCAGGCAGAAGCCAUCAUGGAAAAAGAAGAAAUAUCCAUGAUUCAGCACAUUAGAGAAAUAUAUAACAAAGAAGGGAAAUGGGGGUUUUACAGGGGUCUCACCUCUAACGUCAUGAAGCUGCUUCCUGCAGUGGGCAUUGGCUGUGUGGCUUAUGAAAAUGUGAAAACACUUUUUGGAGUAACGUAG